GAUCUUUUCAGUGAUGACGCAAAUAUGCGAGCCAACGGAUGCGCGUGCAUUUCUCCUCUCCCUUCUAAGCUAAGGAAGUUUUACAUGCAUACUCGAAACUAUAUUCAUUCUAAUUUUUCUCUUAACUUUUUGUUCUCAUUUUGAUGAUAGUUCUCUUAAACUACUAAAUUGCGUAGUGAUGAUUUUGACAAAGAGGAUGUAUGGGUAUAUUAGCAUAUUCCGUGUAAACGUCAUUAUUUUAGUUUCUAUUCUUGAGUUAAUUGUACUAUCUCAUCAAAUAGAGAGACUCCCCAUUGAAAUCGAUGGCAAAUUAAUGGCUUACAGGAUUAUUCCAGACCUUCUAGAUGUCUCUCCAAAUACAACAAUAGGGGUGAAAUACGUCGGAGGUACUUCAUUGGAUCUAGGGGAAGAAAUUAUUCCUAGAGAAGUUAAAGAAAAGCCAUAUUAUGUAAGGUUUGAUGCAGAAAAAGAUCAGUUUUACUCCUUAUUAUUCACUGAUCUGGAUGUGCCCUCAAGAUCCAAUCCAAUCCAAAGGGAGUACAUUCAUUGGAUGCGGGUCAAUUUAAACGGAACCGAUUUGCGGCUUUGCGAACUGAAGGGAGAAUCAUUGGCUAGUUACGUGGCUCCAAAUCCAGUCAACGGAUCUGGUUUUCAUCGAUUCGUCUAUCAAGCAUACAAACAUCCAGAGGGAAAGAAGUUGAAAUUUGACGAGCCUUGUCUUCCUGAAGAUCCUAAUGAUCCACGCCGCCAGCACUUCUCAACCAAGAAAUUUGUUGAGAAAUACAAUCUUGACAAACCGAUUGCCGUAAAUUUCUUUGAGGCUGAGUGGAAGCCAUAUUACGACGAGCACCCAAUGGCCGGUAUUGAUGAGGAUUUCGUCGCAGAUCAUAGUGAUAAGGAACAUAAAGGAGAGGAAAAGAAAUAAAAAAACAAAGCGUAAAUGAAUAAUUUUUGAAAUUAGAAA